AUGCAACUGGCAGGGUACAUUGAAAUACUGGAGCAGAGAAUAAGAACCCUCGAGCGGGUUAUUGAUCAGAUACGUCGGGAACCUGGACGAGCGCAAGAGAUUGCGCAAGAUGCUUAUGCCACGGAACCACUCAUACCUGACGAAAUCGUAACAAAUCCGCCCCCUCAGCCUGCUGAAUCACCAGACACGGAAUUUUCGCUGCCAGCAAAUACCAAUGAUCAAGAAACUCCAGAAGAGGAAGAUUUAUCACAUGUAUCGCUGGCAGAAGAGAUGAAGAAGUUCACGAUGAAUGCUAGUGUGGACGUGCGGUACUUUGGAGAAGCUAGUGUACUCGAAUUUUCGAAGCGGCUGAAUGAUAUUAAAUAUUCAAUAACCGGUAUGCAACCAGAACCCGAACUCAAAUCAUACAGGAUCAGUAGCUAUUGGGGCAUUCAUCCAUGGGAACUACAUUGCGUGACACCAUCGGAAGCUUCAUACAUCUUCCCUGAGGACGACCUGCUUGAAAAGCUCGUAUCUCUCUACUUUGAGAAAACCAACAUCCUCAUUCCAGUGCUUCAUCGUCCCACAUUCAUGAAGUCUUUGUUUAUCGGGCAACACCAUUGGGAUGCCUCAUUUGGAAUGAUAGUUUUGAUGGUCUGUGCACUAGGGUCGAAGUACUGCUCGGACCCCCGUGUGCUGAUAAACGAUGGAACGUUACACUUGUCUGCAGGGUGGAAAUACUUUUCGCAGGUCCCUGUCCACCGAUGGGCAACGCUUUCCAAUGCGAGCAUCUAUGAUUUGCAAUAUUUCUGUCUAGCAGGGCAAUAUCUCUACAGUACCUCUUUGCCACACACGUCUUGGAGUGUAUUUGGCAUGGGGCUAAGACAUGCGAUAGAGCUUGGUCUGCAUAGGCGUAACGCACACAACGAACCACCGUCCGCUGAGAAAGAAUUGCGAAAACGCGUUUUCUGGUCCCUCGUCUGCCUUGAGCGUAUAUUGAGCUCGCUAUAUGGUCGCCCUUGUGCAUAUCAAGACGAAAUAUUUGAUGUUGAAUACCCCAUUGCAUGCGACGACGAAUACUGGAUAAUGGACGACCCUCGAAAAGCAUUUCAGCAGCCAGACGGGAAACCUUGCACAAUUACCGCAUUCAUACGCCUGAUCAGGCUUUGCGAAGUGCUUAGUGUCGUGCUGAGGACAUUAUACUCCAACAAAAAAUCUAAAACGAUGUCUGGGUAUGUUGGAGUCGAUUGGGAGGCCCGGAUGAUCGCAGCACUCGACUCGGCCAUGAUAGAGUGGAAAGACAACUUACCUGACUAUCACAUUCAGAUUCAUCGGCGGCAUAUUACGGAAGAGCUCGUUGCCACUGCCAGCUUUGAAAAAUGCACGAGUGCAGCGAUACAGUGUGCUAGGGUGCUGGAGGUGGGCCUGGCUCGUGGGCUGUGUAUCUUUCCCACUACAGCGCUUUCUGCGUACAUGGCAGGGGGUAUUUUGGUUCUUGAUAAACUGAAGAAGAUUAAAUCUAGUGUGCGGGUCGAUGAAGUGCUAGGAGAAGAGAGCCAUGAUUACAAUACAUGUGGAACCAAGCAGGGCGAUUCCGUAUACAAUUUAAUGCAGAGCGUUAUACUCGUCAGCGACUCCUUGACAGAACGAGGUAGAUUUGAGAGACCACUCCAACUGAGCUACAAAAAUCCCCAACACGUUUACGAACCGUCAUUAUCAAGACAUCUCACGACAAAUGACAGUACUACUGCACAUGUCCUCCCUGACCUAUCUUUCCCAAUUUCGAAUAACUGGGAAAUCCAGGAUCUAGCCUUGACGGAAAUGGGUUAUACCCAAUACACAACCUAUGGAGAAGCCAAUGAGGUUGAUGAUGCUAAUGUUCAGUAUUCCUUACUGAGCUAUCCCCCAUUCCACAUACCCAAUCAGUUUCAAGGUCAGAGUAUUUAUACUGCCCAGUCCAACGAUGGUUCAGCGUCUAACGCGGAUUGGGGAAAUGGCAUGCCAAAUAUUUUGGGAUGA